AUGUUCCGAAGACUCGGUGAGAAGACCACUCUGUACCGGGCCGAGAGCCCAUCUCAAUACUCAUUGGCGUCUCAUCAUCAUUCGGAAGUCUCACUGCCUUCUGUUGAUUAUUCACAAGAAGACGACCGUCACUCUUGCAACACCCUUAUCGCCGACGAAUGGUCACAAAGUGCGGAUCUCCAUUCUCCGCCAAUUCAACCACUUCAAAAGCCAUCCGAAUCGGAGGACACACCCCAAGAGCGCAUUAUUACUCGCCGCGAAAUUGCGAACACGGAAUCGGAUUUGUGUAAAAAGCUCUCCCUCAUCGUCGAUCUGGUCUCGGACUUUGCGAAUGACGCCAAUCGUCUCUACGAAGGAGCAGAUGAGCUUUUAAAAGAGCUCCGAACCAAAAUCAGAGUCUACAUUUAUUUUUUGGACGUCGAAAUGGCUGAUGUUGAGAAACUGUUGAGAUUCAAUGUGGACCGAUCGACGAUCUGUGAUGAACGCAUUGAUUGGUUAUUGCAUUUCACAAAGUGUCAUAAAGAAAUGCGCCGCGUCCUAAACGAACUAUCUGAAGAAGUGUGUGAAGAUCUGGAGUCGUGUCUAGAAAUGAGAGCAAAGGGUGUGAUUGGCAAGAAGCCAAGUACAGUAACCAUCCAAACUUUGGCCGGGAUGAGAGAUGGAAUGCAGAAGGCUGCGAAGCUACUCGGUUGUAUGCCCCGUCAAAGGGCUUAA